AUUAUUUCCCAUUUUGAUAGCACAAAAUUGAAGCUGCGAUGGAAAAUCACAAAGUUGGCAUAACUAAGCGCACUUGGAGCAGCAUUCUUGAAAACUUGACCCCAAUUAAAGGAUACAAGGUGACCCAGAGGGGAAUCAGUUGGUACCGUGGACUCUCCCAAUCCCAGAUGGCGGCGGCCAGUCGAUUGUCGGAUAUUCUGAGGGAUAAUAUGGACAAGAAGACGGUUUCGGAGGUGGCCAAGGUGAUGGUGCACUUGGGCUUGCAUCCCACGCCGCCUUGGAAAACCAUUCAUCAGGUGAUCCAACUGAGUCGAGGAAAUGAUCUGGCCUUCCUGUGGUUCCUCAUGGAAAUGUGCUACAAGUCGCCGAAUCACGGACAGACUUACAGUGCUAACGAGCAGAUUAUCAUGUCGACCAUCUUCCGUUUGGAUUUGUUUCCCACUCUCAGGGAAUUGGAUCGCUGGCUUCCAUUGCCACAUUCCUCUCAAAGAGAUAGAGAUAAAGCUGAGGUUUUGAGACAAAGAAGUCAGAGGACAAAGAAAGAAAGGGAGCAGGAACGACAGAGGGAGUUGGCCAAAAAAAGAAAGAUAUCAGCCCCCCUAUCACCUUACUUUCAGGAACCCAAUAUUCCAGGAAGAUUCCGUCAGGAACGCAAAUUUCUCUCCGAUUAUCCCGAAACUCCAGCGUGUCUUUUAGAAAUUGAUGAGGAACCUAUGGAAACCUAUCUCUGGUCCCGCUGGUUUGGCAGUUAUACCCUAAACGAAGCCCAUCGAGUGGGAAAAUCCAUUAUAUUCCAGGAAAUUAACAGUAUUUUCGAGUCCUUCAAGGCGGCCUCGUUGCCACCGCAGGAUGUGGAGUCCCUGUGUGCCCAUCAUCAGUACAUUCGGGAGAUGGAAAGAUCCCUGAAGGUCCAACUGGAAAUGCUGAAGCAGCGAAAGCGAGAAGAGCUCAUAAUGGUUAGAAAUAGAGCCGAGGAAAGGCGGCGAAAGCGGUUGAUUCAGGAGCUGGAAGAAAUGAGUGCCUGCUACUUGAAGCGAUUUCAGGACAUGGCAGCCAGGGCCAGAUUGUCCUCCACCAGGAAGCAACUCUUUGGGGGAAGUUCUAUGAAGUCCCCUGAUUGCCUAGAAUCUAAAACCAAAUGCGAUGCUUUCGAGGAGGAGAGAUGCCAAGCCUUCGAGGGGGAUAUUCCACCGGAAAGACCUGUUAUAAAAAGAAGAAGUAGUAGAAGUAGCAGAUCUAGUAGUAGAAAAAGGUUACCCAGUGGAGCAGAGUCCAAAACCAUAACUAAGACUAGAUCACGAUCUAAAAGUAGGUCCCGAUCAAGUUCCAGAAAUAGAAACAAGAGAAAAUUCAAGAGUAAGCGAACUUCUGAGAAAAAGUUUGAAAUAAUCGAGGAAAAACGGGAAACCCUUCAUCGCAAUAGUGAAUUUGCAGAUAUUAAUGUCAAGAUUUUAAAAGGAGAAACACCCAUUCUAGCAGGUUGUCUCGACUUUAAACCAGAACCAUUAAACUGCGCCAAGUGUCAUAUGUACAAUCCAGAAAAGGGUUUACCUAUAGAGAGAACCCUACAACAGCGACCCAGUAGCCUCAUGCAGUUUCUCCAACUUUGCUCCAAUGAAGAGGAUGAGAAGGAGGUUUCGGAACUCAUUUCUCCUCCUCUUCAAGAACCCAAGCUCUUAGAACUGGGACUUCCAGGAUCCAGUCGCUUCAAGUUCAACUAUCGUGAGUUGUUUGGCUCGCUGCACAGGACUCAUUUGGACGACGAAAGGAUGCGUCUGAAGGAGGCCUUUGUGCGGGCUAUCGACGAUGAUGUUCAGUACCUGAGUGCGGCUUUGGAUGGCGAGGAAGAGGGUUCCCUGGAUGCAAUGGUGGAUCGGGCAGCCAAGCGGGUUUUUUCUGAGGAUGUGAAGACCUUUCACAGGGAACUGGAGAGGCUACAGCGAAAAAGAGCCGAGGAAAUGAGAAGAGAAAAGCACAAAGAUCGCUUAAGUUUUGGUCAGGAGUUCUACGAUCCCGAGAAUAUCCCCCUUAUGAAGGAGAUGCUUCGUUUGGGUCUUGAGAAAGUGGCCCAGGAUAAGAGAUAUGUUCUGCCCACCCUGCCAGAUGUUCACUCCGUGCCCUAUCUCAUCGAAUGGAUACGUCUGCGUUAUGGUAAACGUUACUCGCACAAGGAAAAAGAAAGGAUUUUUAACAAGGAUAAGGUGGUAAUGGACCAAAUCACUUGGGUGAUGCGAAGCAGUCUGGUGAACAUACCCUCUCUACCAUGCGGAAACCGACUCAACGACCUGGCCAAAUUGAGGGAAGUGGCCAAAAGGCACAGGGAGCAGCACACCAAUAGAUUCCUGGAAGCCAUCAUGGAGGUGGAAAGGGUCUUCUACGCGGCCAUGAAACCACAGCUCUGCAAUUUGGCCACCGAGUCCACCUUUCUGGCCUAUUUGCCAGCCCAUUUCCACGACCUGGGCUUUACUGUUAAUAAUGAAAACGGAGAAUUGGACGUUUUCCAUUAA